UUUUGGGAUUUUUUGUUUUUGCGCCCUUUAUUUUUUCAGCUGUUUUGUGUGUCUCUUGAGCAAUUUCUAUGCCGAUCUUAGUAAAAACUGGUGUAAAUGAAAAUGGAACCCCCGAAUGGGGUUUCAUUGAGUUACAAGGAGAUUUGGAGGUGCGUGGAGAACAAUCAAUGGCUGGGCAAUUUAUUGGGGAUCUCUACUACACAAAAUACGGUCAACCGAUUCUCAUAAUUGGUCAUCAUAUUCUCCAUGGACGAGAAGUGACCAUGGAAAAACCAUUUGCCGUCCUGCAGAAAGUGGUUCAACACCAAAAUGAUGAAGAACCCGAUGAACAAAACAUGGAAAUUGAUGUGAAUCAGAGUAUUUCCGAUAGUCAAGUUCUUGAUGCAACUGUUGCCAUUGAGAAUAAGUCAAAGCACAAAACAGAAUACAUUGUGAAGGCAAUUGUAAAGAAAAAACUCAUUUUCCGCGCUAGACCUAAACCAAUUAUUGCAAAUAUGGCUAAGAAAUGAAAUAAAUUUAUUUUUUCUUUA